CCCGCCAACCAACUGAAAAGGAAACUGAAAAAAAAAAAGAACAAAGAAAAAGCAGCACAGAUCCACUGACCGUUCGCUCACUCUUCUCGGCCUCCUUCAACGACUCUGGUUUACAGAAUUCAAUUCGUUUGGCACAGCCUUCCUUCGGAUUAGGGUGUUAAUGGCAACCACAGCUUGUUUUAUCAUUGUAAGCAGGAACGACAUCCCUAUAUAUGAAGCUGAAGUUGGAUCAGCUGCUAAAAGAGAAGAUGCUGCUCAGUUGCAUCAGUUCAUAUUACAUGCCGCUUUGGAUAUUGUUCAGGACAUUGCAUGGACUACUAGUGCCAUGUUCUUGAAAGCAAUAGACAGAUUUAAUGAUUUGGUGGUGUCAGUAUAUGUUACAGCUGGUCAUACACGAUUGAUGCUGCUUCAUGACUCUCGUAAUGAUGAUGGAAUUAAGAGCUUUUUCCAAGAGGUUCACGAGCUUUAUAUAAAGGUUCUUCUUAAUCCCCUGUACUUGCCUGGUUCUCGCAUUGCAUCAUCACACUUUGAUACAAAAGUCCGUGCCCUUGCACGAAAAUAUCUGUAGGGGUCACUAAUUCUGUUGGGGACAAGCUCAAGUGGUUCUGGGAGUGAGUUGCAAGUCUGAAUAGCCUGAGUUCAAUCUCCCCUCUUUCUGAUCCUUUGAUCUUUUUUAUAAGCUCAAAUGCUCUUUAUGAUUUUAAUUCAUGAUUGUAAGGGGUUGUUAUUUGUUCUUUAUACAUCAGAUUUUCCCCCCUAUCUGUGCAUUAAUCACUAGUAUUGAAUAACUUUUGGCUGGUGUAUAUUAGUCCUAAAUUUGUUGUCAUGGAAUGCUGCACUGCAAGUCUCUACUUUUGCCAGUUUGGAGACAACGUCUCCAUCUCUUGUAUCUACUGAUUUGAUUUGACGAUUAAAAAUUUAUAGGAUAUGUUAUAACAA